AUGGGGAAACAGAACAGUAAACUGAGACCCGAAGUGCUCCAGGACCUCCGAGAGAACACAGAAUUCACAGACCAUGAACUGCAAGAGUGGUACAAAGGCUUCCUAAAAGAUUGCCCAACUGGCCAUUUGACUGUUGAAGAGUUCAAAAAGAUAUAUGCUAACUUCUUCCCCUACGGCGAUGCCUCAAAAUUUGCAGAGCAUGUGUUCCGCACUUUUGAUACCAAUGGCGAUGGGACGAUUGACUUUCGGGAAUUUAUAAUCGCAUUGAGUGUCACUUCACGGGGGAAACUUGAGCAGAAGCUGAAAUGGGCAUUUAGCAUGUAUGACCUUGAUGGCAAUGGCUACAUCAGCCGUGCAGAAAUGCUUGAGAUAGUGCAGGUAAGUAAACCGAUACAGGAAGGGCACAGGAAGUUCACCCAGUACAGUAUAAUUCAUUUACCGUAUAUACUCGAGUAAAAGCCAACUUUUUCAGCACAUUUUUUAUGCUGAAAAAGCCCCCCUCGGCUUAUACUCGAGUGAGGCAGCGGCGGGACGAGCAGCCCAAAAGGAGUCCUUUCUCGCCGCUGGUCCCGCCUCUCGCAAGGGCAGGCACAGGAGCAGCUGUUGGAAGAAGGCACUGCGCUGUGCCUCUCCCAAUCACAGCUCCUAUGCCUGCUCUUACGAGAGGCAGAGGCGGGCGGUGGCAGAGGGACGAGCAGCCCGAAAGGAGCCUUUCGGGCUGCUCAUUCUUCCUCCGCUGCCUUUGCCGCUGUCAGCAGCGGAGGAGGAGGAACAAGCAGCCGGCUUCUUCCGCCACUGCCGCCACCACCAGGUUUGUGGUGUGGUGAACCGGCUUAUACUCAAGUAUAUAUGGUAUCUUUUGUUAACAAACAUACAUACUACAUAUUUUAACACUUAAAGGUGUGCAUAAUCCUGAUCAGUGUCCACAUGCCUGGAGCACAUUCCAGAUUAAAUUCUUCUCAUCUUGUACCAGACUACCAAACAGAAAAUAUUUAGGUACUUCUUAUAUAUUUUACAGACACAAAUCUUAGACCCAGUUCCAAAUGUGCAGCCCUCUGCAUUCACGCAUCAUUCCUCCCAAUGAGUAAACAAAACGCACACACAAUCUAUCAAAAUGAUGGACAUUUUCUAGGAAAACAUAAGGGCUGUGUAUUUGUUAUGCCUAAAAAUGUAAGUUGGCAUAUAAACAAGCAAAUGCAGUAUCUGGAGAAUACAUUAUGUACAUAUCAUAGUGAGUGUCCUGAUUUUUUUUUGCAACAGCAUAAACAACGACCAACAUGUUCUGCUUUUUGUUUAUCACUUAUUUCCCAUAACUUGCAAAAUAAGCUUCCACUACUUCCUUCAAGGAUGCAAAACUGACUUCCUGUAUUUUGCUGUUCCUGUAGGCAAUCUACAAAAUGGUAUCUUCGGUAAUGAAAAUGCCAGAGGAUGAAUCAACUCCAGAGAAACGAACAGACAAAAUAUUCAGACAGAUGGACACAAACAAUGAUGGUAUGUUUUUUGCAGCAAGUCACUGGUGUGUGUAUGCAUGUGCUCAUCACUCCUUAAUCUCUAGGGUCUAGAGAUCUACAUGGCCACAAUCUGUGACACAUACAUUUUAAAAAAAACAAAAACCUGAAGAUCUUACAUUUCCAUUUUUUACAACCAAACCAUGUUCUAGCCCUUUGGCUGCAGAAAAUGUAGUCUGCUGAAAGCAGCAUUUGUGAGGAGUGACGCCUGGGCAUGCAUUUUUAACCCUUUAUCCAUGCCCUAACUUUUCUCCUCCAGGACCACAGUCCCUGCCAAGCAAUGCUUUGCAACUGAAAUAAAUUUAGGGCAUAAGUGCCAACCUAUCAGGUCGAAAGCACGUCAAAGUGCAAGUAGAUAAAUGGGUACCGCUCUGGCGGGAAGGUAAACAGCGUUUCCGUGCGCUGCUCUGGUUCACCAGAAGCUGGCCACAUGACCUGGAAGCUGUACGCUGGCUCCCUCAGCCAGUAAAGUGAGAUGAGCGCCACAACCCCACAGUCGUCCAUGACUGGACCUAAUGGUCAGGGGUCCCUUUACCUUUAGUACUUUUAACCUCGUUUGUACAGUUUAUUCUCACUGCAGUAUUUUGAGCAUUUUAGCACAUAUAUUUAGUUAGCUACUCUUUUGCAUAACACAGCACUUGUACAGGUUAAAAUAUUGUGUCAAAUCCAUUUUACCCAGUGCAGCACAGUUAAAACUGUCAGUGUGCUGCAUCAUAUGAAAAGGGUAACAAUUCAGUUAUAACUUCGAGUCAAACGAUACAUUACCCAGGAGAGCCCAACUGCAUCACCAAGUGUCUCUUUUCUUCACUUUAAAAAACUGCUGUGGUGGAAGUGGGACAGUCUUCUUCCAGGUGUUUUGUUAAUGACCUGAAGAAAAGGGGGAAGGACCAAGAUGUUAUUUGACAGUCGCCACUUAGUUGGACUCUUACCCAUCUAUAAAGAAGUGAACUGAGAUUUGAUAGGACAGUGGGUGUGACUGCUCUGAGACCGUAGUUUGAGACCAGCAUAACCUCAGGGGAAAUUUGGAAUCGGUAUUUAAUUACAGACAGUGGGAUCUCAAAAUAUAUCCCCAAAUGGGGUUUCUCCAUCCCAUGACUCAUAUCCCAAACUGGGGAACCAUUCUCAAAUACUGAUGGUGCCUUCAGGGAGAUUGUGACAAUCAAGAAAGACUUAUUUGGGUAUAAAUCACCAGUGCAGCUCAUAACAUGAGCAUGUGGCUAAUGCAGCAAUCGCUGAAUUAUAACCGUUGCAGCAGGACUUAAGAAUAGCUAAGAUUUUCAUUCCAUGAAAUGUUACCUCUCUAAUGGCAUAAGAGAAUACAUAAAAAUAUAGUAGUUAUCAAAAUAAGAAGUAAUAUUUAUAAUGUAGGAAGAACAUAAACCUAACUGUGAGUAUAUUUAAUGCGGGGGGUUUAAAAUCCCACAAGGGUAGAAGUGUCCUAGCCUUGCAAAGAUUGAACAUCUCAGUUGAUAACAAUGGCAUGAACAAAGCCCCUUUCAUGCUAGGUAUUACAUGACUUCCAACAUUAAUAACCUCCCCUCUGGCAAAAUAAAUGUGAUGGAAGUUAUUCUCAUAAUAGGAACAAUCAAAACUGGGAUAAAAAUUGCCUUAAAAUGGGUUUUUUUUUUACUUAGUGGGGGUUUAAAAAAUAAAUAAAUUAAAAAUUCUCUCCAGAGGCACCAAAUGCAAAAUGUGCAUCAAUGAUUCAAAGUGAUUAUUUAAAAUAAAAGCUACCUAUUAGUAAACACAGUGUUUAAACAGCUUUGGAAAAGGAAGAACCCUACCUUAUGCAGUACGUAGACAUUGUUAAGAAACAGUCAUAUUUUGAGAAAGGGUGAUAAUAUUAAACUGAGGCGCUCAACUAUGAAACCACCCCUGCUCAAAUCACUGUGAGCUGAAUUAAAACCAGAUACAACCUAUCUCAAGCAGCCUCCCCAACUUUUCUGCUUCAUCCCAAUCCUCCCAGCUCCUACCCUGUUCCCCAACGACAAAAAAACCCCCAACUUCAAUUGGAAGGGGAGAAUACGGUAGCAGUUAUUGGAGGACUUCACCAAAAUCAGGAGAGUAGUAAUUAUGCCUAGAAUGUAAUUUCUUUUCCCUGCUAGGAAAUCAUGGGAUGAAUUACAGGCUCUAUGAUUUCCUGGCUGGCAGUUAUGCUAUACCUUUCAUUUGCUGACUCCCCAGUUUUCACUGAAGUCCUUUGCUGGCUGGUACUCUUAGAAGAACAUUUACCCUAGGAGAGGUGGGGUAACAGUUGUUGGGUGUACUGUAUUUGUACUCUUUGAAUGCUCAGAGAGCUUCCUCAAGGUUUUACAAGCAUUUCAUUAACACUUCAGGCGCCAGUGCAUUUUGGAGUAAGCACAGUGCAUCUUUCUCUCUCUAGUAGCAUCAAGUUGUGGGAGAAAUUAAGUAUAACAAUUUUAAGUCAGAGAUCCUGCUACUUUUAAUUGUGAUCUUCUGAAAGGCUAUAAAAGAGAGAGAAAUAGAUGCAUGUUUCCAUUGUGUAACGUCUGUCCUGCUCUAUCCCUGGGAUUUCUAGGAUGAUUUGAUCAAGCACAGAUGGCCUCCACAGUAUGUGAUGUCUGUGGAGGUUAUAUCUGUGUUCAACCAAAUCAUCCUAGAUAACUGUAUCACUUCUAGGGCUGGGCGAUAUAUUGAUAGAUAGUUGAAAACCAGUUUGAAGUUCACCUCGUGAUAAGCUUCAUAAUAUUUGACCUGGCAAUAUAUUGUGAACCACAAUGCAUGUGAGGGUUAGGUGAAUCACACUAUAUCACCAGCUGAACAUUGUCAUCUACCAUAAUGUCCAAAAUAAGGAUGGAACUAUGCAGAGACGAACAAGCUAAUGUCCUGGCAACUGCUACUGCUUAGGGGUCUAAAACAGAUAAAUGAUGAUAUUAUCAGUCACCACACAAUUUCAUCAGCAGGCAAGCCAAAAUGCAUCCAACAGGACUUUUGGUUUGGGGCUUGGCUACCAAAUGGUGGUAUUCAAUCCAAAGUACGGCAAUGAGUCAUAGUGAAUUCAAAUAAUCUGGGACUGCCAGCAAGGGUGUCACUUUCAGAGGUUGCCCUGUGUUUCUCAUAAUGUGUAGUUCUGCUCUAAUUUGGAAUUAAUGUAAGCCAUUUUUAUUGAAGCACAAAUAUUUCCAUUGAUGCAGAUAGCCAAGCAUGCAAAUAAGCUAAACUAGAGUAGUUGGUUUUUAUGUCUACUUAGUUACAAAUAGAUCAACAUCACUGGUUUGUAUGCCAUAGUCCAAGAGCAAGGGAGGCGUUCUACAUUUGUUUCAAAAACAUAUAUGUCUGAGUGAGAUUCAGCUGCUGUCUGGAUUUAUUCAGGUUCACACCUCUACAAGGUGUCAGUUCAAGGAAGCAGUGAAUCACUACUGAGAUUAAAUAUGCUUUUCAUGUCAGUUCCAUUAAAAAUAUCUGCAUUUGUCUUGAGUGUUUGGGAUAUGCAAACGGAUGUGAAAGUCUUAUCUGGUUCACACUCUUGAUUAUUGUUCUAUUGUCUACAUCAUAACAAGAUUUCCUUACACAGCCCAUCCCAAGAACAGCCUGCUAGGAUCUUUGGAAUAAGGAUUAUUAGGAGGACCUAGAAGUAUUGCUAGUACCAUCAUUUGGAGUGCAAAGUUCACAAUGCUAUCUAAAUGCACCCUGAACUGGGAAAUGUUAGAUCUGUCGUAAUAAUUGCCUGGCUCAUCUUUUCAAGAUUAUAUAUUUCAUUUUUAACUUAUUGGCAACUAAUUAGGUAUAUUAAAAGCCAAUAAUUGAGAGGCUAAGUUUAUUUUUGUAAGUUACUUUUGGCUGCCAUUUAUUGGCAGAGAAAAUUAUUUGAUUUUGUAUCUUUCUCUUGUUUCCCUUCAAGGUAAACUAUCUCUCGAAGAGUUUAUUAAAGGUGCCAAGAGUGAUCCCUCUAUCGUGCGGUUGUUACAAUGUGAUCCAAGCAGUGCAAGUCAGUUCUAA